CUAAUGACAGAACAGGCAGACAAUCGUGGACUGCACCUUUAAAGACGGAGAAAUCACACACAGACAUUUCAAGCUAGGCUUUUUGCAACACUACAGUGUUAAGCUCCUGCUGGAACUUCAAGUGGUGGCGGACGCCCACCGCCCCGGGAGCGGCAGACAUGGAAAAGGACAGGAAGGGCAUGUGGGGAGGCCGCGCUGGAUGUCACCCGCCGCGUUGAGAGGACGGGUCAGAGCUGUGCAGUGGCCACAUAUCCAAAGCUGUCAACACCAGGGAGGUGGACAACUCUGUCCUGCCCUCUGCGCCCGAUCACAAGAUCAACAAGGCGAAAGCUGUUUUGCCUCCACCCCCACAUCAACCUGUCAGGCCUGAAAGGCAGUGUGAUUUGUGAUUGAAGGGCGAGUCGGCAGAAGAGCUGCGCAGGUGUCUGGUGCUGAAGAAGAUUACAUAUCAUCCAAAAUCACAACCAAAGAGACGGAGAGGAAAAAAAAAAAUCCUCCACCGGACUGAACUUUUGAUGAUACCGCAGCUCUGCACCACAGUCAUGGUCAGCCCUGCGGUCUCUAGCAUGAGCUGUAUCUGGGUACUGGGUUUGUGCUCGGGGCUCUUGCCUUGGUUGUGUCUGACGAGCCCCAUCCUGCCUCCUGAUGACAACCCUCGGGCCAAAGACAUACAGGACCCUUCUCUGCUGGAACAGUCCGAGGAUGUGGACAUGCAGGAGUUACUGGGAAACUUCCUCUCUGUGCUGAACCUCACGGAUCGGGGAGGCCCGUGGGCCCCUGGCCCUCCUCAGCCCCCUGCUUCUCGCAUGGAGCCCCCAGAGUACAUGCUGGAGUUGUACAACCGCUUUGCAAACGACCACACGGCCAGGCCCACAGGAAACACAGUGCGCAGUUUUAAGAACGAAGACUCCUCCCCAACCAUUGUGACAAACAAGGGUGUGAGGACACACCCACUCCUGUUCAACAUCUCUAUUCCCUUUCACGAACGCGUCAUCAACGCUGAGCUUCGCCUCUAUGCACUCGUGCCACAAGAUCUCCACUGCCUCCCGAGUGGAGAGCACAAGGUGACCAUAUUUGAGGUUCUUGAGCAGGAGGGACAGUGGAAGGAUGGAGGGGGCACUGACCAGAGAAGACCCGAGAAGGUUCCCGUUAAGAGGGAGGAACUCCUUUCCAGGCACAUCUGUGUCAAGGAGAGCGGGUGGGAGGUGUUUGAGUUGACAGAUGUCGUUCAGCGCUGGAAGGAUUCUGACCGCCCAACUCACUAUCUGGAGGUCCGCAUUGACAGCUUUCAAUUUGAAGGUCAGGCGAACCAAUUCAGUUGCGAUGAUGAGUCAGAGGACUCAGGACUGGCUGAGUUGGACAUUGACCGAGACGUCUCUGGGAAACACAACUCUGUGUUGAUUGUCUUCUCUGACGAUCAGAGCAAAGACCACCAGGAGGAAAAACAGGAGAUUGAUGAGCUGAUUGAGCACGAGUUUGAAUUACUGGGUGGGAACGAGCUGUGGACAGACUCAGAGGGCCCUUCCGAGGAGUUCCAGGAUGAGGAGAGGCUGAUGCAGAUACGCUCCAACAUGAUAUAUGACAGGGCGCCCCGAGUGCGCCGCGGUGCUGCCGACGAGUACUGCAAGAAGACUCCACUAUACGUCGAGUUCAAGGAGAUUGGCUGGGAUAGCUGGAUUGUGGCUCCAGAUGGUUACCAAGCCAACGCCUGCCGUGGCCUCUGCCAAGUUCCUCUCACACCUGAUGUCUCACCCACCAAGCACGCUACCAUCCAGUCCCUGGUCAGCUUCAAGUCCCCCAAGAGGGUCUCCCCACCCUGCUGCGUCCCCACAAAACUGGACCCGAUCUCCCUCCUGUACAAAGACCAGAAAGGCGUGGUCACUCUCAAGCAUAAAUAUGAGGACAUGGUAGUGGCUGAGUGUGGCUGCAGAUAGUUAGGAAACCCAGCUGCAGCAUGUGGACACAACCAAGUUCAGACUGUUACACUUCUCAAAGCAACAUGAGAUGACAUGAGAUCUGAAGUGCCCAUCUAAACUCAUCAUGCAAGGACCCACCACAACAGUCGACACAGCCUAUUUUUGAUCGUUUGAUCGUUAACAUCGAUCUUACAAGUAAUUUGAUAAAUAGACAUUAGUGUUUCUGCAAUAUUGGUAGAUAUUUCUGCAUAGUUGCCUUAUUCACACAUGGCUUCAUGGGCAGGAUACCACAGGCUCUGAGCACAGUUGCUAUGAGCAGAUGCUUGGAGGUUAUAAUGGAGGCUAUAUGGGGGAAUGGACUUUACUAGCUUCUUAUUAAUGUAUAUUUACAAUUUGUAAAUUGUGAGUUGUAUUUUAUAUUAUAUGAAACAAAUGCUUUAUGAUGUAGACUGCAAUGCUGUCAAUAUUUUAUCAUUUCUAAAUAAAUGAAAAAUGAAUUGCAGUUGUGACAGGGAGUGCCUGUAAGUUACAACUAAAACAAUCUUACAAAUGGAGAUAUGGCCUUUGGAAGAAGGUGAUUAUCACAUCCGUAACAUGUAAUGACAUUUAUAGCGGAGAAUAGUUCACACUUAUGAUAUAAGCAGACAAACCUAUCCAAUUUGUGACUAACGUCAGAAGGUCCCCUGGCUCCACCCCCGACACCAGUGGGGCCACAUGCCACACGCACUUCUGUCUCCAAGUC